UUUUCUCUCUCCAAGCGGGCUUCACGCAUUUCAACCCCUCUCUCUCUCUCUCCUCUCUCUCUCUCCUCACGCCUUGUCCGUAGCUUUUCUCAAUCCAUCGGCAAUCGGGAUAUUCCUCUCCCCCUCGAUCUUCGUUACUGUAGAUCGAAUUUCGAUUUUCCAUCACUUUCCCGGGAAAAAGAGAAGGAGAAUCAGCGAUCUUUUCGUAUCUAGGUGCUCUUUCCGAGGAAGUUCGAGGAUCACGGAGGAAAGAGAAUCCAAGGGAAAAGAGGAAGAUGAGUUUUCAGGAUUUGGAGGCAGGAAGGCCGUUGGCUUCGUCGAGGAUCAAUGGAGGUCGACAGGACCCGACUCAGGCCGUCGCCUCCGGCAUUUUUCAGAUUAACACCGCAGUCUCGACCUUUCAGCGACUUGUCAACACCCUCGGCACUCCUAAGGACACGCCCGAGCUCCGGGAGAAGCUACACAAGACGAGGUUGCAUAUUGGACAACUCGUGAAGAACACCUCAGCUAAACUGAAAGAAGCCAGUGAAGCAGAUCAUCAAGCUGGUGUAAAUCCAAACAAGAAGAUUGCGGAUGCUAAGCUUGCAAAGGACUUUCAAGCUGUACUGAAAGAGUUCCAGAAGGCUCAGCGUCUCUCAGCUGAAAGGGAAACCGCAUAUACUCCUUUUGUUCCUCAAGCAGUCCUUCCGUCUAGCUACACAGCCAGCGAGGUAAAUGUGAGUUCAGAUAAGACUCCAGAGCAACGCGCUCUUCUUGUGGAAUCAAGAAGACAGGAAGUCUUACUGUUGGACAACGAGAUCGCAUUCAACGAGGCUGUAAUUGAGGAAAGAGAGCAGGGAAUACACGAAAUCCAGCAGCAAAUAGGUGAAGUUAACGAAAUCUUUAAAGACCUUGCGGUGUUAGUCCACGACCAAGGAGCCAUGAUCGAUGAUAUUGGGACACACAUCGAGAAUUCGCAAGCUGCAACAUCACAAGGAAAAACCCAUCUCGCAAAAGCCUCAAAAACACAAAGAUCAAAUUCAUCUCUGUGGGGUUUUGUUUGUUUGUUUGUGUCCAUGCAGACGUGCUUGCUCUUGGUGAUAUUUGGGAUCGUCCUCGUGAUCGUGAUCAUAGUACUGGCCGCUUGAUUUCUAAAGACGCGAGACUUUAAAAGAACAUGAGUGGAGUUGGCAACAACAAGUUCUUGGUUGAGUUCGCCAACCAAAGAGCAUACCGUCUGGUAUGUUCUCACUCCGACCGAGUGUGAUUUCACGGGCAUGGUCUUUCCUGUUUUGCCUGUUGGGUAUUCGUUUCGGCUCUCUUGUCGAGUAUGUGUGUGUGUAUAUAUAUAUUAAGAUGUGUGGUUUCUCAUGGAAAGAGACAGGGUCAAGUUUUUGGUUUGGGGUGCCAGGAGAGCGUGUUUCUGUAAUUGUUUUCUUUCUUAAGACUUGGAAUUGAUAAUGGAGAAGAAGAAAUCAGCUGCCUUUAAUCCU